AGCGCCCCCCUUUCAGUCGAGGAGCCACGCGCGGCGGCCUGAGAUUGGGAAGGGCGCGGGCGCGAGGGGAGAGCGUCAGUGCGGGUCGCCUUGGGAACGGGCCGGGGCCGUGCGGACGGGCGCCUCGCCAUGGCGGCGGCCGUGGGGGCCCAGGGUGGGGCCAUGGGCCCGCUGGUGGGAGCCAUCGACCAAGGGACCAGCUCUACCCGCUUCUUGGUUUUUAAUGCAAAUACAUCAGAAUUGCUGAGUCACCAUCAAGUAGAGAUUCAGCAGAAAUUCCCCAAAGAAGGAUGGGUAGAACAAGAUCCAUUGGAAAUACUUCAGUCUGUUUAUGAAUGUGUGGAAAGGACGUGUGAAAAACUAAACCAGCUAAAUGUAGACAUUGCCAAUAUAAAAGCUGUUGGAGUCAGCAAUCAGAGAGAGACAACUGUGGUGUGGGACAAACUAACUGGAGAGCCUCUCCAUGAUGCUAUUGUAUGGCUUGACCUUAGGACCCAGCCUACAGUUGAGAGACUGCUUAAACGAAUUCCAGGGCAAAAUAAGUCCUUUUUAAAGAGUAAAACUGGUCUCCCACUUAGCACAUACUUCAGUGCGGUGAAACUUCGUUGGCUUCUGGACAAUGUGCCAAAGGUCAAGCAAGCAGUUUUGAACCGGAGAGCUCUGUUUGGUACUAUUGAUUCAUGGCUGAUAUGGAGUUUGACAGGUGGGAAAGAUGGAGGUAUCCACUGCACUGAUGUGACCAAUGCCAGUCGAACAAUGUUGUUUAACAUUCAUUCAUUAGAAUGGGAUGAGGAACUUUGCAAGUUUUUUGAAAUUCCUAUGGAAAUACUUCCCAAAGUGCGGAGUUCCUCAGAGAUUUAUGGACUGAUGAAAAUCUCUCCUACCUUGAGUUCUGGAGCAUUGACUGGUGUACCAAUUUCUGGGUGCUUAGGUGACCAGUCUGCUGCUCUAGUGGGACAAAUGUGCUUUAAGGAUGGUCAAGCAAAAAAUACGUAUGGAACAGGCUGCUUCUUACUCUGCAAUACAGGUCAAAAGCCUGCACUUUCUGAGCAUGGUCUUCUGACAACUGUGGCUUACAAACUGGGCAGAGAGAAACCUGUGUAUUAUGCAUUAGAAGGAUCUGUUGCCAUAGCUGGUGCCGUUGUUCGUUGGUUAAGGGACAACCUUGGUAUUGCACGGUCUUCAGAUGAAAUUGAGAAACUUGCUGCUGAUGUAGGCACUUCUUAUGGCUGCUACUUUGUCCCAGCAUUCUCAGGAUUGUAUGCACCAUAUUGGGAACCUAGUGCUAGAGGCAUUAUCUGUGGCCUUACUCAGUUUACAAAUAAAAAACACAUUGCCUUUGCUGCGCUAGAAGCUGUUUGCUUUCAAACACGAGAGAUUUUGGAUGCAAUGAACAAAGACUGUGGAAUACCUCUAAGUCAGUUACAAGUUGAUGGAGGAAUGACCAACAACAAGAUCCUUAUGCAGCUUCAAGCUGACAUUCUCUGUAUUCCAGUAGUAAAGCCAUCUAUGCCUGAAACUACAGCCCUAGGAGCAGCUAUGGCAGCAGGAGCAGCUGAAGGAGUAGGAGUCUGGAGUCUCAAUCUUGAUGAUCUUACAGCAGUAACAUGUGAAUGCUUUGAGCCAAAGAUUAAUCCUGAAGAAAGCGAGUAUCGCUACAGAAGGUGGAAGAAAGCUGUAAAGAAAUCAAUGGGCUGGGAGACAUCAGAACCUCAAGGAAGUGGUGAAACUAGUAUCUUCUGUAGUCUACCUUUGGGCUUUUUUAUAAUGAGUAGCCUGUUAAUGUUAAUCGGAGCAAGGUACAUCUCAGGUUACUGUAAAUGAGGCGCAUUAAUAGAUCUCCAGGAAAUUGCAACAGCUGAAGAGCAUUGGGGACUCCCUUCCAAUGUGAUGUCAUUGUUUUGACUUGACCACUGUCAAAAUCAUUUGGACAUUUAGGGGACACUUGAAUAAGGAACACACAAAAUAUUGCUGCUACCUGUUCCCUGCUUAAUUGUGUAAUGGGAUAGAAGCCUUGGUUAGCUUCCUCAUCUGUGAUCACUUGUUUGACAUAGAAAAUUGCCAAUAGGAAAAGUUGUACUUUUUGAAAAUCAUUAUAGUUCAAGAGCCUGGCAUUGAGUACACAUCUGUGAAGUCAUAGUGGUUUUCUCCACUUCGUAGGAAAUUGCCCAUAUAAUUGUCCUGCCAAGCUCUUGAAGGAGAUGAAGGGAACAACAAUGGUUUGUAUCAUGAUCUUCAUUCAAUACUGAUGUCUUCAACGGUGCUUUUAAAAAACAAAAACCUAUAAUGAUUUAUUUUACUCUUCUGUUCAUGUGCAUUAUUUAUCAAUCCAAAGGACUCCAAAUACUGUUAAGUGCCACAAGCUUCUAGGUUAAAUAUGAUUGUUUGUAUUUUCCAAAAGCACAUUUAUAUUAAAUAUAUAAUCUUCCACAUAUUUUGGCAAGUCAAAGAACCUAGCAGCCAUGCAUUGCAGGUACUAUAAUAGCAAAUUAACAGAAAA